CCUGCAGCAUUCAGUUUGACGCAUGUAGUUAUCGAGGCGAGGAAAACUGCAUAGGGAUCCAGUGCUCGUGACUGGCUGUUGGUGGGAGGAUCAUUACAAAUUGAGAGUUACUAAACGUUACACAGCGUCUGUGAGGUCUACGGAUUGGGAAUGGACCCGCGGAAAGUAACGGAGCUGAAGGCCUUCGUUCAGCUGUGCAGCGAGAAUCCAUCCGUGCUGCACCUGCCAGAGCUCGGCUUUUUCCGGACCUGGCUGCUGGGGAUGGGAGCUACUAUCCCUCCAUUGAAGUCAAAUGAUGUACCCCCUUCUUGCAAGAAGGAGUGCCCAUGCUCUGGCCCUGCUCCUACCCCCUCCUCUGCUGAGGAACCCUCCCCUCCAUCUGAAAGCGAGGAGAGUGAGCUGGAGAUCGACAACGAUGGGGUGAUUGAGCCAGACACAGAUGAACCUCAGGAGAUGGGAGACUACGAGAAUUUGGAGGUGACAGACGAAAUGAUGGACCAGGCCAAUGAGAAAAAGGUGGAAGCCAUCGGAGCCCUUGGAGAGGGAGACCUGCAGAAAGCCCUGGAUCUCUUCACGGAAGCCAUUAAGCUCAACCCUCGGCUGGCUAUCCUGUACGCCAAGCGGGCCAGUGUGUAUAUCCGCAUGCAGAAGCCGAAUGCGGCCGUGAGGGACUGCGACAGGGCCAUUGACAUCAACCCAGACUCCGCACAGCCAUACAAGUGGAGGGGGAAGGCGCACAGGUUGCUCGGGCAUUGGGAAGAAGCUGCUAAAGACCUGGCCACCGCCUGCAAGCUGGACUACGAUGAAGAAGCCAGCGCCAUGCUGAAGGAAGUCCAGCCCAAGGCCAACAAGAUCUUGGAGCACCGACGCAAGUACGAGCGGAAGAGAGAGGAGCGCGAGAUCAGGGCGAAGAAGGAGAGAGUGAAGAAAGCAAGGGAGGAGCACGAGAGAGCACAGAGGGAAGAGGAGGCCAGGCAGCAGGCUGCAGGAGGAUUCCCAGGAGGCGCUGGUUUCCCAGGUGGAGCCCCUCCUUUCGGCAUGCCUGGCUUGGGAGAGCUCUUUAAUGACCCUGAGGUGCUCAUGGCAAUGAAGGACCCAGAGGUGAUGGCAGCUUUCCAGGACGUGGCCCAGAAUCCAGCCAACAUCGCCAAAUACCAGAACAACCCCAAGAUCAUGGCUCUCAUCACCAAACUGAGCUCCAAGUUUGGGGGUCCCCAGGCAUAGAGAGUGAGGGAGAGUUGGGCAGGUGCAGGAGUUGUGAGAAUGGGAGGGUCAAAAAGCAACUUCAGGAUUACUGCGAUGCUCACAUUUCAUGGAAGGGGGGCCAGGCUGGCAGAUGUGGGCUGUGGGGUGGGGGCAGACAGAGAGGGGCAAGGUUGUGUGUGUGUGUGUGUGUGUGUGUGUGUGUGCGUGCGCGCAUGUGCAGGUUUGUAAACUAAGAGGUAUGACGGUUGGGGGUGGAAGUGUCAGGGGAGUGGAGGCAAAGAGUGUGAGCAUGGAUUGAAGUGAUGUCAGG